AAAAUUCGGUAGAAAUUUAAAAUCAAAAAUGAAUUAAAAAUUUGACUCCCUGUUUUCAUCCAUUAUAACCAAAGUGAAAAAAUUUAUUUUCAAAAUUAAAUUCUCUAUUGGAUUUUAUAUACGGAAUAAGCAUGUCUGUGAGCCAACUUAAUCCGGAGGAGCAGAUGGUCAUUGCAGCCUCCAAGAAUCUAUCAAUGGAUCCUCAACCAUUUGGAGAAAGCGAGUUCAGUUUCGUGGCUGCAAACAACUGCAGUGUGGCCCUUCAGCGGGGAUUCUACUUCUCACUUCGCAUGCCCGACUGGGCAAAGGACUUUAAGCACCAGACCCAGAAGAUCCUAUCCCAUGGUUUUGAAGGCUCAAGAAAAAGCCACAAAAGCAGUAACGAUACGAACUUAUCCAAAUUCUACGGAGAUCAUCGUUCUGAGCGUUAUGGCGAAAUAUUUUCGGAGAGCAGUGGUGCACAAUUCUUUGAAAACAUUCCCCGAGAAAUGCAAGUUUCAAAUCAAACGAAAUCAAAGCGACCACUGCGAUCACCCAAGAUCAAGGACGACUUAACAUGCGGCAAAAAGGUGCCAUCCUAA